GUGCGGUGCCUGCCGUGGUUCGGGGUUCGCCGGCGUUCCUCCCCGUCUGCUUCACGUUCGGGAAGGGUCCCCGGUCGUACAUGGACGUUGGCGAGGCGGAGCUGGCGAAUAUGGGCGAGUGGCUCCACGUCACCAUUGACAGGAGUGGGGUCGACUUCGGCACCAACUGGAAAAUGAAAGGGCCACGGUCGACUCGCCGCGCGGCGGUCCGCAUCCACGAGGGGAACCAUGAGCCUCUUCAGCAGUACUACGGGUGGCGCUACGCGCUGGGACUGGCGGCUUCGGAUGUGGCGGUUGACGAACAGUGGCGGUUGUCCCAGCUGAUGGAGGUUGUGCUGACGUUUGACUUUGGUCGGGUCGGCGCCCUGGUGGCUUUCGAGCAGAAUAUUCGCCGCCAGCAGGUGUGGGAGAGCGCAUGUCAGGAUCCCCUGCGCCAGAUGAACGCGGGCCCCGCCGAUGGCGACGACUGCAGCUUCACCGUGAUGCCAGAUUUGGAGGACUUCGUGGUGAUGGAGCCCGCCACCCGCGCGGCUGUCCUGAAGGAGUGCCGCAAGGUGCGGGAGAGGGCCGCUCUGGCCCAGGGCAUCGACACCCCGUCGGCGAAGCAGGCCGCCAUGGAGAAGAGG